CCCCGUGAGGGCACCGCGCCUCGCUGCGGGGCGGGGCGCCACGGCACGGCACGGCCCUGCCUGAGCUCCGCUCCCUGCGGUGAGACGGCCUUCGUCAGUAACUGGUGUCCUCUGCUCCUUCGUGUUUCCCCCUGCACUACAGGUACUAAAGAUGGGCCGUCGAGCCCGACAAGACCUCUUUGCAGAUGAAAACCUCAGCAGGAAGAAUUCCCCGUCUGCUUCUCUCGGAGAGGAUGAAGACUCUCAGGAAAAGGUUGACCAUGUUCCACCCCCUAAACCCCCACGGCGGCAAGGAGGCUGGGCAGAUGAUCCUGUACUGGCACCUACCAAGUCAGGAAGAAAGCAUGCAGAAGAAGUAGAAGACCAUCGUCUCAGACAGCAGAGCCUGGAGGCAUCAGAUGAUGGAGGAGACAUUCCUGUGAUCCCUGACUUGGAGGAUGUCCAGGAGGAAGAUCUUGCCAUGCAAGUGGCAGCUCCCCCCAGUGUGCAGGUGAACCGAGUGCUGACCUACCAUGACCUGGACAAAGAUCUAAUGAAAUAUGCUGCCUUCCAGACUCUGGAUGGGGAGGUAGACCUGAAGCUCCUCACCAAAGUUUUGGCUCCAGAGCAUGAACUACGAGAGGAUGAUGUCAGCUGGGAUUGGGACCAUCUCUUCACAGAAGUGUCAUCAGAACUAGUGACUGAGUGGGACCUGGGACAGUCAGAGAGGGAGGACCACCUCAAUGUCCCAUAGAACUCUGACACACCAGAUGUCUCAUACAUCCAUCUCCUGUAAAUAGUUAAGCACUUUAAUUUUCUAUUCACUUGUUUGUAUUUGAGAAUUUAUUUCAGACAUAAAAUAAAUAGGACCUUGCUUCAUAGAAAAAUUG